AUGGCAGCAAACAGUCUGGCCAAGAUGGUGUCUGUGGCCCAACAGAAUGAGCUUGUUGACGACGACGAGCUGUUCGAGCUCGACAUCUCGCUCCUCCGCGGCUUCGACGACGACGACGUCCAGGACCGACACCGCGCUAGUGACGGCGCUGGUGAUUGCGCACAUGCCCUGCUGGCCAACUGCUUGCUGCCGGUGAGCUCGGUCAGCAUGGCGGUGCCGGUGACGGCGAACGACGCCGUCUCAGCCUGCUACGCAUUCUCCACGUACAGCAACCCGAGGAGGUUCAGCGUCGGCAUCAGUGGCGGUGGCAGGAGGAAGCUUGGGCGUGCAGCUGCUGACGGCGGCAUUUCCAGCUGGGCGAGGUUUCGCCUCUCCAGCAGGGGAUUCGCAACCGUGGGGAAUUUCCAGAGAUAG